AUGAACCAGUUUCACCAAGUCCAGAAUGACGUGGUCCAGCAGGUUCGUGGGCUGGUCCAACAGGCGAACAAGGCCCAAUCCACUUCCGAUCUCCACCGGCAGGCCACCCGAGACUUUGAGUCUGCUGUCUCUGCUUGGCGCUCAGCUUUUUGCCGACUCGUCAAAUUCCAGCUCGAUUUCAUCCGAUCCCUCCAUGCCUGGUACAGACUUACACUCAUCCCCAUCAAUAACGAACAACAACAACAAAGCAAGAACAAUAAUAAUAAAGACCCGAUUUCGAACUCGACAGAAGAUAUUAAAAUCAAGAAAAGGACCGAAAGUUCGUCCAAGGAGCUCGAGAAGAAAGCAUCUUCUUUGAGGAGUAUUGAGAAGAAAUACUAUCAUUCGUACUCUAUGGCGGGGAUUGGGCUUUCGGAUGAUGGUCCCAAUGGUUGGGCGGGCCUGGAUGCUCGAGACCCACUGGCAGAUAAGAAGGCUGAGCUGGCGGUGUGUCAAAGGCGAGUGGAGGAUGAAUUGCAGAGGCAUGCGAAGGCAGUUGAAAUUUUCAAAUAUCUGAAAGAGAUUCAGAAAAAUGACCCCGCUUUCCGCGUGGGUUUAAACAAUGAAACUGGCCAGACUAUUAUAUCUGGCAUGGGAGAAGCCCAUUUGGAUGGAUAUGUGGAGCGCAUGCGGCGGGAGUAUAAGGUUGACGGAAUUGGACAACCACACGUAAUCUUCCGAGAAAAAAUUACUAAGCAUGUUCAGUUCAACUAUGAACACAAGAAGCAGAGUCAAUAUGGAAGGGUUAUUGGGUAUAUGGAACCACUCGACCUGGGCUCCCUAACUAAGUUUGAAUUCUCGAACAUGCUUGUCAGACAAGCCAUACCUUCUAAUUUUAUGCCAGCAAUUGAAAAAGGUUUUAAAGAGGCUGCCAACUCGGGUUCUCUUAUUGGGCACCCUGUGGAAAAUAUCCGUAUUGUCUUGACAGAUGGUGCAGCGGAUAGUGUGGAUUCGAGUGAACAUGCUUUUAAAUUAACGGCCAUUAAUGCUUUCAGAGAGUGCUAUAAAUCAGCACAACCUAUUAUAUUCGAGCCUGUUGUGUUUGUCGAGUUGGAAUUCCCUACUAAAUUUCUGAGCAUUAUGAAGGACCAUAUUAUCAAGAUGAAAGGCACGAUUAUCGAGGAAGAGCUGAAGUCACGUAAAUGUUUGAUUCUUGCAAAGGUCUCUCUCAACCAUAUGUGUUGCUAUUCUACUGCCCUCCGGUCAAUGAUUGAGGGCAAAUGUAAGGUAAGCAUGGAUUAUGAAGAGCACUCACAAGUUUCUGAGGACGUGUUGCGACAGUUGGUGAAUGCCUACAAGGCAACCUAA